AUGGCUUCCGGAUCCUCGGGUCGGGUCAACUCUGGUUCUAAGGACUUCAAUUUCGGGUCUGAUGACAUCCUCUCCUCCUACAACGACUUCACCAACAAUGACUCCAACUUCGAUGCUACCAACUCCAAUAAGGAAUUUCACAAGACGAGGAUGGCGAGGUCAUCGGUUUUUCCUACAAGCUCUUACGCUCCACCAGAGGACUCUUUGAGGGAAGAGCUUACUUUCAUUGUCGAGAGAAGCAUGAAGAAGUGCAUAGGUCUGUUCAAGUUCUUAGAGAUAAACAAGAGUGGAUACUCAGAAGGAGCUGGCGAGGCUUCAACUUGUGUCGAAAGGUUCAUCCUCCUCGUCUCACUCUCAACACGGUGA